AGCGAUCAAAUUUAUAUUUUAAAUACAUAUGCAUAUUUUUUGUUAAACAGCAAUGGAUAGAUUUGUAACACGGACACCAACAUGGAAAACUUUAAAUUAUACCUCGAUGGCGGCACAAUCGUUUGCCCAAAAAAAUGUUCCUUUAACAAAAAAGACACUCGUGGAUAACAAAAAGAAGCCUCUACAACCGAAGCAAUUAAGUGAAGUUUCAGUGCAGCCAUAUGAUUUUGAUAAACGUCUUGUUGAUUUAUUGCCUUCAACAAAUCAUCAAACAAAUGCGGAUAAUUUCAAUGGAAACAGCAACGACAGUGGCUUAAGCAGUGCUUCAAGUAUAUCACCACAACAGACAGAUGAUUAUGUUCCGGCUUACAAUGCCAGUCCCCAUAAAAAACUACUUACGCCCAAAAAAAAUCACUUGGGUAAAUUAGCUGAUUAUAUAGAUUGUCCUGUUGAAAAGGAAAAUGAUACAUAUCUGACAAUAACACGUUCGCCAAAAACCCAUAAAAAAGUAGUGGAAUCUGGCUUGCAAGUGCACAAGACCUUGGAAGCUAAUAAAGUGUUGUCAAAACAAGUUCAAGGAACACCUGAAAAGCCUCUACACUCUGCCAGCAGCAUGAUAAUGGCACGUAUACAAAGGGAUCUUAAUAGUCCCUCAGCUGCCGCUAGAUUGAAGGCCCUUAGAGCCAUGAAAUCUCCCACUAAAUCUGCUUAUUCACACUUUGACAUUCCCGAGGCAGAACAAAGUCUGCAUAUACCCGAACCUCCUAGUCUACAAGAAAUUAUGCGCAAUAUUGUGGUUUAUGUUGAAGUACGUUCUGGGGAAGAUAAUCGCUCGGCCGGAGUACGUAAAGUUAUUGAAGCGCUGGGCGCUCGUGUUAAUUUAAGUUUAAAUCGUGAUACUACUCAUGUGGUUUUUAAAGAGGGCCUUAUGUCAACCUUUAAAAAAGCCAAACAAAUGAACGUACCAAUUGUUUCAAUUUUAUGGAUUGAAGCGUGUAAGAAUCAACGUCGAAUAUGUGAUCCCAAAGACUAUCCAAUUUCAAAUUUGGAUCGUUAUGAAAAUCCCGAGUUGUAUACAAAAAUGAAGCGUGUCAAGUGUAUGCAACCUGACUCCGAGUGCAAUAAGCGAGUACGUGCCAAAGCUGGUGGUACACCAAAAGACACCUCACCCACCCAAAAGACUCCUGGUAAUCUCAAGAAGACUUCCACACUUAUCGGUGGUACACCAACUAGUUCAAAAAAUAAAAAGAAGACUGAUAUAAGCCAAUUCUUUAAGAAAUUGGAAAAGCCAACGUCGACAGAUGGCGGCGUUAAUGGCUCCACAAUCACACCAGAAUCACCGGCAACCCAACUAUUAAAUCGCAUUCAUUCCGAAUGUUAUACGCCAUUGACUGAAUUCAAAAAGAAAACCGCCACAGAGGAAAAUAACAAUCUGCAAGACUAUAAUGAAGAGAGUCGUGAUGGUAGUGACAAUUCCCCUAAUGUUCAAGUUGGUGUGAAAAAGGCAUUGAAUUUCAUGCAGGAGGAUACCAAUUUCAUUACGACAAGAGGUAGACGUAAUAGUAUGUUGGUGCAACAAAAAUCUAUUGUGGAAGCAUCAUCACCCUUACCCACGAAACGUCAAAGUACAAGAAGACAUAGUGUAACGUCAUCUUGUGAAAUAGAAACAACCACUAACUCUCUAAAUACAAUGGCGAUUUCUGUAACACCCAGUAAAUCUACUAGACGUCGUAGUUCUUUACAUACCCUCAAAGACAUGUCGAUUAUUGCAGAAACUCCCAGUAAAGUUUAUAACAUAGAGCCCAUAUUAGAGGAAACUAACGAACCAGACAACGAACAAAUUGAACUCCCUCCUAAAUCGGUUACUAAAAGACGCACUUUGUAUGCGGCCAAGACAAUGGACCAAACAGAAUUAUUGAAAUCCGAAACUAAAACAAAAUCUACACGCAGACGUACUCUAUAUGCCUGUCAAACAAUGGAAACUUCUGAAAUUAAAGAAGUGGUAAAUAAGCAGCUGACCAAUGUCUCUGUCAGACGAAGGACUUGUUAUUCUCAUAAGUCACUAGAGCAAACAGAAAUUGCGGAAACAACUGAAGCGGCAAAUAUGCCUCACAAAAAGUCAGUGGUAAACAGCAAGAGUUUAGAGUUAACAAAUGAAGUUGAAAUGAAUACACCAUCUACAGCCAAAGCUAAUAAACCCUCAAAUCGUCGCAGAACUUUAUAUGGAGGACAAAAUAUCGACAUCACCAAUAGUCCCAAUAUUACUGCUAGCAGCAGCAUUUGUGUAACACCCACCAGCUUCCAAACGGGUAAAGUAGCUAGCUCUACUCUUUUGGAAGAUAGCGACAACCGAAGCAAAUUGGUGGCCACUCCACCGGCUGAUGCAAUAACUGGUAAAUUAUUGGAAGAAACGGAACAGUGUGCCACUCCUCUUGUAUUUAGUUCUACCAGGCAGCCCAUCAAUAAAAGACGCACUCUAUUCGAUGUAUCUAUGGAUAUUAUAACACAACGUUUACAAUGUAUUAAUCAGUCGGCUAGGCGUUCAUUGGCCCCACCCACACCUUCAGCAGAUGUGAUUAAUACCCUGGAAAAACCCAUAAAUACGCCAAUAGACAUUAAAAACUCGGGCAAUUUUCAAUCUUCUACUGAGUCCCUAAAUGAAUGCACAAAUAGUAAUGAAAGCUUGGCUCUCGGCGUUACCCCCGAAGCCAAUAUCUUGAAAAAGAAACGUAAACUCUUUAUGCCAAACGAUAUGAUGGUUACUCCACCGCCAGCUGCUAUAGCUACUAACCGGGCUGCAGUAGAAGCAUCUGAGGAUUCGGAUAAGUUAGUCACACCUAUAUCCAUUAGUGCUUCCAGCAAUUCGGUAACAAAACGUCGUAGAACCUUAAUGCCCAUAUCUCAGCCUCCACCAACCACAAAUGUAACACUUAAGGACUCAACCACUAGCACGUCCAGUACACCAAGUGCCAGAAAACGCCGCAGUACCUUGGAUUUUGAACAAAUAAAAAAUAUUAAAACAAAAACCAUUAAUACCACUAAAGAGUCCUCUUCAGCUGCAUCUAGCACCAAUAGCCAAAACAGCCAGGAACGUAUUAAAGCAAAAAAGCCUGCCGUAUUAGUAUACACAAAUAUGCAUCAACAACAAAUCGAUGUGAUACGUGAGGCCGUUAACAAAUUGGGUGUAUUUACCCUUGAAAGUAGUGUAACUGAUACCACCACUCACCUGGUAAGUUUAGAGCCAAGAAGAACUUUAAAUUUACUUCGAGCUUUGACCCGUGGUCUAUGGAUUUUGGAAUAUUCUUGGAUUUUAGAUUCACUUAAGGCUGGCAAAUGGAUGCUUGAAGAACCCCAUGAAUUGCGAGAUUUCUCCAGAGCAAUAGAGAUAUGUCGCUCAGAACGACAGGCUUUUGGUAACAGUUAUAAAUGCGAUCUUUUCCAUAAAUUUGGUGCAUUCUAUAUAUCCUCGCAAUGUUGUCCCAUUAGUAAGGAAAAUAUGCGUGAAUUGAUAACGUUGUGCGGUGGCCGUAUUGUUAAUGCUCGUCAAAAAGCUCGUUACAUUAUUGGUGAUGCUAAUAGAAACUUGGAAGAUAAAUUCUAUUUAACCCCAUAUUGGGUGUUAGAUAGUAUUACUCAGAUGCAGUUAAUGAAAGUAAACAAAUACAUGUACCCGCUACCAUAUGGUAGGUCAGCAUCUCAGCCACUGCCAUUGAAUAGGAAUACCUAGGAGCUUUAUAAAAGAUUAUGAUUUACCCCAAAUGUUAAAUUGUUAUUUUGUAGUUUUUAUUUUAUAUUUUUAUUCAAUUUUUACAUAAUUAAUUUACUAAAAUAGUAAAUGUCUAUUUUAUUAUUUCCUUUUAUUUUUUAAUAUUGUUUCCUUUUAAUAGUUUAAGUUUUUAUUAGACAAAUAACUGUGGGCAAUUAAGUCAGGAUGACAAAAUUUAUGUAAUUUGUAUAUGUAAAAAUAUUAAAUUUUCGAUUUACAAAAAUUUGUUUUCAGGCGUAGGGUACUAUAAAUAGUACUUAUUAACUUGAAAUUUUCUUAACUGUAAUUUUAUUAAAUUGUAUCACUUAUCAUAUUUCCAUCACUCCAAAGAACAACUUCGAAAGCUAAUUUUUUUUACUUCCAAAAAAAGUCAAUUCAAAAGCAACCCCCAAUGUUCAUAAUCAUUUAUUAAAUUUAUAAAAGGUUUACAACACAAAAUUUGUUUUAUAAAUCUUUGAUAAAUUUAAAUAUUGAUUAUGAAUAUGGGGGUAAAUAUUUUUCAGAUGACAGUAAAUUAUACAUCUUUAAUACUUAUCUGGAAGUUAUUUCUUUGCUGUGAAAUGGAAUUGAAAAAAUCAUUUACAUAAAAUUACUACAUAUUUUAUUUUUUUAAAUAAAGCUUUUGUAAACUGUA